AUGCAGGUUUUCAACACCAGCGGUUUUCCCUACACUUGGGAUGUAGUAGAAUCCUUGCGCGCAACGGCGAGCGCCUGCUGGUCAGGCUACCCGCUCGACCUCGCAAGGCCGCUGCGGCCAGCUACAGAUGAGAGUACAAUACUGGGCGGUGAGAGUGUCCUCUUUGUCUGUCGUACAGUGGCCCGCCGGAGACGGAAGGAGGGCCGUCCCCGACGCCAGAGGACGACGUUCAGCUCGGAGCAGACCCUCCGGCUGGAGCUGGAGUACGCGCGCUCCGAGUACGUCUCCAGGGGCCGCCGCUUCGAGCUGGCCGAGGCGCUCGCGCUGUCCGAGACGCAGGUCAAGAUCUGGUUCCAGAACCGGCGCGCCAAGGACAAGCGCAUCGAGAAGGCGCAGCUCGACCAGCACUACAGGUGGGUGGCUCACCCUCCAGCAGUUCAGCUCCUCACUAAUCCUCCACGCCAUUCCAUUCCCAACGUUGGUAUUGGGAGGCUGGCCAUGAUCCGGUUCCAGAACCGGCGCGCCAAACACAAGUGUAUCGAGAGGGUGACGCUCGACCAGCACUACAGAACCGGCGCGCGCCAGUGUAUGGAGAAGGUGACGCUCAACCAGCACAACAGGAUGGCGCUGGCCACGACGCUGGCUCAGCUGCCGCCCCCGCUACCGGCCGCGCCGCCCCCGCCGCCCCCGGCCUGCUACGGCCCCGCGGCGCCCUCGGCAUCGUCGGCGACUGCUGCGCCCACCGCAGGGCUGUGCGGCCUGUGCUGCCUCCUGCCGGCGGGCGCCGCAAGCUCCGCUGGGGCGCCCUCCCACAUGUCGGAGGCCGAGCCCGGCGGCCGCAAGGAGGACCUGUCCUAG